UAAAAGUAUAUUUACAUCAACUCAUCGCGCAUGCUAUGGUAACGUAUGGUCAUAGCUUUGGUAUGCUUACAAAAGCAAAGACGCGCACUUUAUGACCUACACUGCUCUUCGUCUCCCUCGUCGCGCAUGCUUCCCGAGCGGUCUUCGCUCCUCCGUCCCACGCACAUUCUCUGCAAUCGCUGCGUCGGUAUGGACGCCCCCAUAUCUUCCUCGCCUUGGUUCUUUGUCUAGCUCUCAACCCUAGACGACGCACCAGAGGGCCACGGACAGAGGGGGGAGGAAAGAAGGAAGGCGCGCACCGGCAAAAGAGCACGUACCUGUGUCGAGAAAGGAGAUCGGAAAGCCCUUCUUGCUUUUGGCGACGGAUGGGGUGUGCCUUAUUAUAAUCCCACCGCGCGAGUCGGCAAGCGUGGAGGCGAGCUUAUAAAAAUACGCGACCAAGGAGGAGGUUGCUUCUUGCAAUCGCACGCUCCCACCUCAAAAGACCUCGCCCUUUCUUUAUCGGUGGUGCAGUCGCAGUCGCAGUCGCAGUCGCAGCAGCAGCAGCAGCAGUGGAGGGUGAGAGAUCCGGUCGCAGCCAGCAGCUACCGGCGUUACAUGAAUGGAGCUUUGCCCUGUGGCCAUGUCUGUAAUGCUCUGAACGAAGAAGCCUUUUAUGGGGUUUAGACGAGAGAGGGGGUUGGGUUGUUUGUUCAGCUGAUGCAAACAGUCCCAUGGCCUGUGGAAGCUGAGCUUACCUUUGCCUUUCGCUGUCUUUCUGCUGGUGCGCCCCUCGGAAGGCUCGAUAAAUACAUGUGGGUUCAUACUGGCUUGCAAUGUUAGCUGAUGUAGAGAGACGAGGUGCUUGCUUCUGUCCUUCGCCGUCGCCGUACACCGCCCCGAUGCCCAGCCGGCAGAUGACGAGUGCACUCAAGGGCGAGAAGCACAUUGUCUCGAAGAAGCCUCUGCACAACAGCGUGAACCAGCAGAAUCUCGACAACGGAUGCCAGCCACAGGAAGUGAAGAGCAUGGGCCGCCGUCGGGGGAGAGCGAGAGGCAAGGCCGCGGGGCGGCAGGUGAAGUUGGAAGCGGAAGCCGGACUCGAAAAAGUUGCUCCUCCUGUGUCAAGCAAGGGCAUUGUUUUCUGCCGGCGGCCAGGAUUUGGACAGGAAGGCACCAGGUGCAUUGUUAAGGCCAAUCAUUUCCUUGCCGAGUUGCCUGAUAAGGAUUUAAAUCAAUAUGAUGUGACAAUUAUACCGGAAGUAAGUUGUAGGAGUAUGAACAGGGCUAUUAUUGCAGAAUUGGUGAGACUGUAUAGGGAGACCGAGUUGGGAACGAGGCUUCCGGCUUAUGAUGGAAGGAAGAGUCUUUAUACAGCAGGGAGUUUGCCCUUUAACUCGAAGGAGUUCAUCAUAAGGCUCGUGGAGGAUGAUGAUGGAAUGGGGGUUACUAGAGAAAAGGAGUACAGAGUUGGGAUCAAGUUUGUAGCCCGUGCCGACCUUCACCAUUUGCGCCAGUUUAUAGCUGGACAGCAGACUGAUGCUCCCCGGGAAGCCCUUCAGGUUCUUGAUAUUGUUCUGAGGGAAUUAUCAAAUCAAAGGUACAUAUCCGUCGGAAGAUGCUUUUAUUCUCCAGAUAUCAGAAAACCACAACGGCUGGGUGAUGGCUUGCAGUCAUGGUGUGGAUUCUACCAGAGUAUCAGACCAACCCAGAUGGGCCUCUCACUCAAUAUCGAUCUGUCAUCCACUGCUUUCAUCGAUCCUCUUCCUGUGAUUGAGUUUGUAGCUCAGGUCCUAGGCAAAGAUGUAUUGUCUAGACCAUUAUCAGAUGCUGAUCGUAUAAAGAUCAAGAAGGCCUUGAGAGGUGUCAAAGUUGAGGUCACACACAGGGGAAAUGUGCGGAGGAAAUAUCGAGUUUCAGGCCUAACGUCACAACCUACACAUGAACUGAUCUUCCCAAUUGAUGAUCAGAUGAAUAUGAAAUCCGUGGUCGAAUACUUCAAAGAGAUGUAUGGGUUUACAAUUCAGUAUGCUCAUCUUCCUUGCCUUCAGGUAGGAAAUCAGAAGAAGGCAAAUUAUCUUCCAAUGGAGGUGAGAUUGGUCAAGCAUAACAAAUUUCUUAAUCAAGUUAUUUCAGAUCUGAUUUUAUGUUACGUACAGGCUUGCAAGAUAGUUGAGGGACAGAGAUAUACAAAGAGGCUGAAUGAGAAGCAAAUUACUUCCUUGCUAAAAGUUACAUGCCAGAGACCCAGAGAUCAAGAAAUUGAUAUUUUGCAGACAGUUCGUCAAAAUGCUUAUGGGCAUGAUCCCUAUGCAAAGGAGUUUGGAAUCAACAUCAGUGAGAAGCUAACCUCAGUGGAAGCUCGAGUACUUCCUGCUCCAUGGCUCAAGUAUAAUGACACUGGGAAGGAAAAAGAGUGCCUGCCUCAAGUUGGUCAGUGGAAUAUGAUGAAUAAGAAAGUGAUCAAUGGAUGCACAGUAAAUUACUGGGCCUGCAUUAACUUUUCUCGGAGUGUUCAGGAAAAUACUGCUCGUAGUUUUUGUCAGGAGCUAGCACAGAUGUGCCAAGUAUCUGGCAUGGAAUUUGACCAUGAACCAGUUAUCCCAAUAUAUUCUGCAAGGCCAGACCAAGUGGAGAAGGCCUUAAGGCAUGUAUAUAAUGCAGCAACCAACAAACUGAAGGGAAAAGAGCUAGAGCUUCUUAUAGCCAUCCUCCCUGAUAAUAAUGGUUCUUUAUACGGUGAUCUUAAACGAAUAUGUGAAACUGAUUUGGGGUUGAUCUCCCAGUGCUGCCUCACAAAGCAUGUAUUUAAGAUCAGCAAACAAUACCUUGCAAAUGUCUCACUCAAAAUAAAUGUCAAGAUGGGAGGAAGAAACACUGUGCUAUUAGAUGCCAUAAGUUGGAGAAUUCCUUUGGUCAGUGAUAUACCAACUAUCAUUUUUGGAGCAGAUGUAACACAUCCUGAGACUGGAGAAGAUUCUAGUCCAUCUAUUGCUGCUGUUGUUGCCUCUCAGGACUGGCCCGAAGUUACAAAGUAUGCUGGACUGGUCUGUGCUCAAGCACAUCGACAAGAACUCAUUCAGGAUCUUUUCAAGACAUGGCAUGAUCCUCAACGGGGUACAGUCACAGGAGGCAUGAUCAGGGAACUACUGAUAUCUUUCCGGAAGGCAACAGGACAAAAGCCAUUGAGGAUAAUCUUCUAUAGGGAUGGUGUUAGUGAAGGGCAGUUCUAUCAAGUCUUGCUAUAUGAACUAGAUGCUAUUCGCAAGGCAUGCGCAUCCUUAGAACCAAAUUACCAGCCUCCUGUGACAUUUGUGGUGGUGCAAAAACGCCAUCAUACGAGAUUAUUUGCAAACAAUCACAAAGACAGAAGUAGCACAGACAAGAGUGGAAAUAUCCUACCCGGAACUGUGGUUGAUACUAAGAUAUGUCAUCCUGCUGAGUUUGACUUCUACCUAUGCAGUCAUGCAGGAAUACAGGGUACUAGUCGACCAGCCCACUACCAUGUUCUAUGGGAUGAGAACAAUUUUACGGCAGAUGAAAUGCAGACGCUGACAAACAAUCUCUGUUACACAUAUGCUCGGUGCACCCGGUCUGUUUCUAUUGUGCCACCUGCAUAUUAUGCUCAUCUAGCUGCCUUCCGAGCUCGGUUCUACAUGGAUCCAGAGGUAUCCGAGAAUGCAUCACGCAGCAUGCACCAGACAGAUGGAUCCUCUGUGAAGCCCCUGCCUGCCCUUAAAGACAAGGUGAAGAGGGUGAUGUUCUACUGCUAGAAGGGAGGGAGGAGCAGCAAAGAAAUUACUUUGUAAAUCCAUGUUAUGUUUAUACUAUAGAGAGGCAGCUUCAGUUUUCCAGCAUGCUGGUUCCCAAACUAAGCCUUGCAGCCUUGUUGGGAACUGAAUUCUUGGUGUUGUAUACUAGCUAUUUCAGGAAAUGUGAUACAUGACUGAUGAUAUGCCAAUGUUGUGUUCUAUGUUUGAGCUUCCA